UAUUUUGAACACCUGUGGUCGCUCUUAACGCGCUCUCAGGUUUCCGGACGGCCGAGGAGAGAAUCAGUUAGCGUCUCGGCCUCGAGGUAUUAAGCACGAGCCAUAUGUACUCUUUAAGUAAAUUGUUAAAGUAAACUGUUCCCCUGCCUCAACUCAUAUUUGGCGCAGUCGACCAUGAGCCUUAGCCAGCCAUUCAGCCACAACAGCCAGCCCUUUUGAAGCCUUAUCAUCGCCUUGCCAAGCAUUUGAUCUACACGCCAAGCCCCGCCGUUUCAACGCCAUGCAAGGUAUUGUUUGGGAACAGUUAGACGCUGCUACAAUGUCGCGCUUCAGUGUAGAACUUCUCAGAGAAGAACUGGAGGCACGGCAGUUGGACAGUGCCGGUCCGAAGGAUGAACUCGUGCAACGUUUGAUGACAAAUAUUAAUGCGCGACGUGAAGCGUCUCCGCCUCUCGAACAGACGUCUUCAACCAGCACAGGUGCCCCCGCGGUACAAUUGGACCCCGCCACGCUACAAAACCUGUCAGCUUUCCUUCAGCAUAUGCCACGCCCGACGACAACUCUAACUACGCUGCCGGAUCUGUCAUCAUCCAUACCACAGUUCGAAGACUCGCGGAAGCAAAAUGUUAAAAUGUGGUUGGAGGAUGUUCGCCGUGUCCAGCAACUUGCGUGUUGGGAGGACGCUACGACCCGCCUGAUUGCCGCAAGCAAGCUCAAAGGCGCUGCUCGUAAUUGGCACCUCGCGUUUGGAAGCCAGUUUGACACUUGGACAACAUGGAGCGCAGCUCUUCAAGAAACGUUUUCUCCGGACUUGACCCUGAUCGAGUGGCAAAACCAAGUCAUGAAAGUGACUCAGGAACAUGGUCAGUCUCUCCAUCAGUACGCUUUUGCGAAGCUACGGGUCAUUGAACGCUGUCCUGUCACUCUCAGUGACGCGCAAAAAAUUGACUUCUUGCUUCAAGGUAUACGUGAGCAACACAUCUCCGCAGCCCUAGCAGCCAACAGGCCACAAACGGUCAAAGGCUUUAUCACGACCUGUUGCAGUCUCGACAAAUGUGCUUAUCAGCAAAACAACGCAAGUCCCUCAUCGUCGACAUCUGCACAACAGAAGCCUGCCACACAGUCGCCUCGGACAACUAAGCCAUCGGAACCAUCAACACAAGCGUCAGUUUCCCAACCGUCAGCAGUUGCAUCAGCACAUUCUCGUCCUCGCAUAGCGGACUUGCCAGCAGACCAGCAGGAAGCCAGGUACCAAGCUAUUUCAGCCCAGUACGGUGCACCAGCUUUUCGCAGUGGUCAAGACCUGUCACAAGCAGUAUGUUACAAGUGUAAAAAGCUUGGUCAUCUAGCGUCAAAGUGCCGCAGCAGCCGCUCUUCGCCGCCUUCGUCAGCAAGCACCCCAAGCCCGGCAACAACGUCACAACCCUCUUUGCACAGCACUCCGAUGGCCUUGGAGGGAUCACAAUUGCAAUGCCCAUUUUUUACUGCCAGUGUCACGGGAAUAGGAGAAUGUGAAGCCUUCCCAGACUCAGGAUCAAAGAUCACCCUGAUCUCGAAGUCUCUAGUCCCUGGUCACAUGCUGAAUCCUUGGACUAUGCCGCCACUCGCUGUCGUUGGAGGUAGCACAGUACUCCCAGCAGGCACAGCCUUGCUGAAGAUAGCGAUCGGUACUAUUACGGGUAUCGUCGAAGCUGCCGUUUUGGAACAUAAUGUUCUUCCCUUCAUCAUUGGUGAAGAUUGGUUCGAAUCCGCACAUGCCCGUCUCAUCUUCGAACCCCCUAGGCCAGUCCAGCUCCAGCACGCGGCCUCUGGCGUCAUAGUCACCGCAGCUCAGAAGCUAGCUCCACAAAUGGCUAAUGCCGUCAUUCUGACGCACUCAAAUUUCGCUGCACAAGUGCAAGUUGCGUCACCAGACUGCCUACAAAAAGACCCUUUGCCUUCACCAGACCAGCCACUGUGGCGGACUCUGGCUCAGGAAGCUCCGCCAUUGCCUUCACAUAAUGCCAACGCUACGCCCUCAGCUGGCACUCUGCUCCUUCCAGUUCAUCCAGAUCUUCCAGCAGCACACAUAGGAGAUCAGUUAUCGACCAGCCAGCAGUCAACGAUAACGGAUAUUUUGGCUAAACAUGUGGAUGUAUUCGCACGCCAUGAAGACGACCUUGGUCACUUCGCGGGUGCGCAGCAUCGCAUCGACCUCUUGCCCAAUGCCUUGCCAUAUAGCCGCAGCCCGUACAGAUAUACGACGGAAGACAGACAGUUCAUUGAAAACCAGAUAAAGAAGCUCUUGAACCAAGGCAUCAUACUUCCCGCCUCGGGGCCAUGGGCCUUUCCCGUCGUUGUAGUGUCACGUGGAGACAACAAACGGCUUUGCGUGAAUUACGCCCCGUUAAACGAACGUACGAUCUCUGUCGUGCACCCCUUGCCCAUCAUAGAAGACAUUAUCCAAGACGUUGCAAAUUGCGCAUAUUUCGCAACAAUGGACUUGAAAUGUGCAUAUUGGCAAGUCAGCCUUCGCCCUCAGGACUACGAAAAGACAGCAUUUAUUACUCAUCAUGGCACAUACAUGUGGACACGAAUGCCAUUCGGUUUGAAGAAUGCGCCGUCCACUUUCCAGCGCAUCAUGCAAACAGUUUUCCACGAUCUUGCGCCUCGCCAAGACAAGUCUGGUAUCCGCGUAUACCUCGAUGAUGUCCUCAUCUACGCUCAGUCUUUUAGCACAUUUGCCAGCAUUCUCCAAGAAGGCCUCCAGCUUCUCCAAGACAGUGGACUAAAAGUCUCUCUGGACAAGUGCCGCUUUGGUCUACAGUCCAUUAAGUUUCUUGGCUUCGUCAUAUCAAGCGAAGGUCAUCGUCCAGACCCAGACAAAGCCUCUGCUAUGAGUCGUAUCCCAACUCCUCGCACUCAGAAGCAAGUUCUCUCGUGGGUUCAAACUGCCAGCUUCUACCGUCGCUUCAUCAAGGACUUCGCUAAAAUUGCAGCACCCCUGCAGGCCCUUAUUAAGUCCAAGAUAUUCUACUGGAGCCCCGAGUGUGAAGAGGCAUUCCAAACGAUACGCAGGGCCCUCACGGAGCCUCCACUUCUUGCCCAUUUUGAUGCCAACGCCCCUACAACAGUUACCACGGAUGCAUCAGGCUCUGCCAUAGGUGCAGUGCUUUCGCAGAUACACCACAACAAAGAAGUUGUUAUCAGCUAUGCCAGCCGCGCCCUCACGCCAGACGACACAGCAACUACACAGCAACGUGUGGGAAUGUAUAGCCGUGCACUGGGCCAUUACAGCAAAGUUUCGGCAUUAUCUCCUUGGCCGAAAAUUCAUCCUCAUAACAGACAAUUGGACGGUAGCAUGCCUGACAAAAAGCGUAAAGCCUUCUCGCAGAUUCACUUCUAUGAUAAUGGAUCUGGUUGAGUUUGACUUCUCAGUU